AUGCCCGUCCCAGCUGUCCCUCCUGAGCUCUGGGACCGUAUCACAGACCAUUUGCACGAUGACCGCCCCUCCCUCACCGCCGCCUCUCUCAUCUCUCGUGCCUGCCUCCCAGCCUCCCGUCUGCACCGCUUCCAUAGUCUCAUCCUCACCCGCGAGUCCUACCUCUCCUUCUCUGCGCUCCUCUUUGCCUCCCCCGCCCUCGGAUUCGCCGUCCGCGACCUCUGUCUGGUAAGCCACUCGAACGUCUCCCGUGCGUGGAGCGACGACGAUGCCCUCGAUACGUUCUUCGCAGCGCUGCCGUGCGUGGGCGCGCUCGCGCUGGUGCAGAUGAGGAUGGAGGACGCGUUGUAUCGAGCAACGGUGCAGAACUUGGAAGGCUUGAAGAGCUUAGAGAUCGACGCGUGUGCGUUCGCGUCGUACCGGGACCUCGUCGAACUCGUUGCGUCCUUUCCCCAGCUCCGAUCGCUCGCUGCGGCAUUCGACAAGUCCCAGCCCCAGCCUUUACCUCUGCUUCAACCGCCUUCGCCUCCCAAAAAGCUCAGAGCGCUGAGGUUCACUGGUCCGCUGACGGGCAUGCUGAAGGCACUGUUCUCUUGGCUGCGAACGGCAGAGGAUGUGCACAUAGAGAGUCUCGUGUAUUGCGUGAAGUCAGACGAUCCACUUGACCUGCUGCAAGACAUGCUCGAACAGCUUGGGCCAUCUCUCAAAUAUCUGGAGCUGCAGGUCGAUGCGGACGAGGCGUUGGACCGCAUCUUCCUACCGAUCUCCUUCACGCUCUCUCCCUGCGUCUCUCUGCACACGUGCACCCUCCGCCUCGCCCUCCGCGAGAUGUGCGUGCCCGCGAACCGCAGUCUGCCCUGGGUGCCCACACUCCUCGCGCAGCUCGCAGGCUCUGCCUCAACCCUGCACACGAUCACGCUCGGCCUUACCGUCGAUGACAUUGAUGUGAUGGACUUGAGGGCGCUCGAUGCGGAGUGCGGCGUGCGCGUGCUCAGGACGCCGAGGUUUGCGGAUCUGAGUGCGCUGGACUGGGAGGAGGUCGCCCGGGUGCUGGGUGCAGUGCCGGUGGGCGAAGGCGGUCAUGGUGGAUUUGGGAGGUUGAGGAUGCUGAGGAUCGAGGGCAGGGGAGAGGGGCGGGCGUUGGAGGCGGAUGUGCGAGAGCGAUGUCCGGAGCUCUGGGCGAGGAAGAUCUUGGAGUUGGUAGAGGUUCAAUGA